AUGUCUGAGCUUGAAUACCUACGAACACAAUGGAAGACGCUCCACACUCAAACUCUCCCCAAUCUUGCAAAAGCCCGCGAUGCCGCUCAAACAAAGUGGCCUGUGACACUUGACCAUUGCUUCGCUCGCAUCAUCCUUGACAAUACGAUAGGAAAUGGAUUGAAGCAGUGGGACAAAGUCAUUCAGAAGCCAGCUACCAAAAACAUGAGUCAAGAGCAACUCCGCAACGCCAUCGCAUUGGGCGAGGACAUCAAAGCUGGAAAGGCUGAUUUGCGCCACCUCGACGCGGUGAGCUUACGCUGUAGAAACAAAGACCAAGGAAAGUAUGGCUACCAUACUGCCACGCCAUCCGAUACCCUUGAAGGCGACGCAAGGUCGAAGAGAAAACGAUCUUCAGACACUUCGAACGAACCACAGGUAGACUCCAAGAAGAAAAUAAAAGUAGCCAACCGCCAAUCUACCCUGCAGUUCGAACCAGAAAUCAAAUCGCCUGAGAAGACUCCGGGUAUUGAGAAUGUCUGGCAAACUCGUACCAACAUCGAAGAUAUCAAGAAUACCCUGAACCGCAUCGUAUCGGAUCCAACACUCACUCCUUAUCGGAAGAAACUGUACACGACGCUGUUAUCUGUUCCAAAGGGUCGCUAUACUACCUAUGCAGCGAUGUCUGACUACUUGAACUCAUCUGCCCGUGCUGUCGGCAACGGCAUGCGCAACAAUCCCUUUGCCCCAGACGUGCCUUGUCACCGUGUCCUGGCGGCCAACAGAACCAUCGGUGGAUUCAACGGUGACUGGGGUAAGGAUGGCAAAUAUGCUAACAAGAAGACUGAGCUGCUCCGUAGCGAGGGAGUCAUGUUCGACCCAAGUGGAAAAGUUGUGGGUGAACCAUUCCGCAAAUUUCAUGCUUUCGACGAUAUCCAGUGA